AAUCCUUAAUUUUUAAUCUCACAGCUCCGGGUGCUUACGAUCCAGAGAAAAGUAUCAAAGUAGUAUUAGAUUCAACGCCAAAAUAUACAUUUGGAUCGAAACACAAAGAACCCAAACCAGACGACCUACCAGCUCCUGGUGCAUAUGACCCAGAUAAAAGCAUCAAAGUAUUACUAGAUUCCACUCCCAAAUAUACAUUUGGAGCAAAACGUAAAGAACCAAAACCAGAUAAUAUACCAGCUCCAGGAGCUUACGAUCCCGAAAAAGCCAUGAAAACAGUUCUUGAUUCCACACCUAAAUACACUUUUGGAGUGAAACAUAAAGAACAUAAACCUGAUGACAUACCAGGCAAGUGUACUCAAUAA